CACUAAUAGUGUAAAUGGUCUGCACUAUUAGGAGCCCUGACCAGAACCAGAAUCGCUAUCGCCGGCGCGUCCGGUAUGACCGGCACCUCGAUUGUAAACGCGCUGUUGGACAAACCUGAGAAAUUUGAAGUGACUGCACUAGCGCGGCCCUCUUCCGUUAGCAAGGACGAGUAUGUUGAAUUCGCCAAACGCGGCGUCAUCAUCAAGCCGGUAGAGCUUGGUGGGCCAUCGGACGCACUUGUUCAAGAGCUUUUGGGCAUAGACGUAGUCAUCUCUUGCCUGACGUUGAUCCAAAUCAAGGAAGAGAUGGCUCUCAUCGCGGCAGCACAUGAGGCCGGCGUCGGCCGCUAUGUGCCCAGCUUUUUCGCACCUUGUUGCCCACCGCGAGGCGUUAUGCUCGGCAGGGACAUGGUGAGUUUUUGUGCCGGAGGAUCUGGAACGAGUGGUCGUCGGGUCGGUGCGCCGUAG